AUGACCGCGCUGAGAUGCUGGUGGGUACAAAAGCUCCGCUCCGAGGAGAUGGCCCGGCCAAAAGCCCCAAGAAAGAGCCUUCCUGCCACCUCCCUCACUCCCUCCCCGAUUCAUUCAGCACACAUGGUCGUUUUCGUAUGGCUCUUUGUGGUGAUAGCCGUCCAGCUGCUGCUAUCUGGCAUCGCGACGGCCGAUCCACGUCCCAUGCCAAUGGACCUGCCUGUUUCAAGCACCUUUGGGCAAGUCGGCCAUGAACUCCUGGACCAGGCGGCUUCUCGCAGAGAUCCCGCAUCUCUCAACAUCGUGGAGUCUUGGCCUUUCCCUCGUGACGCCGCCCCUCAGCUCGCCAGCCUCAGCGCGCAUCGCUCAGCCGCACCGACUGCUCUCGAGCACGCACACGUCCACGCAUCUGCCGUCGAGGGCAGCAGCGAGAACGCCCCUUGGUCCUCUUUCCAACCGGCGCAGCCGCGUUCGUCGGUAAGCGGGGCCGGACCAUCCGCAGCAUCCGCACACGGCCACGUCCCGAUCAGCACCCAGCCCAGGCAAGAUUCCAACCCCGUUGUGUGGCUCUACCACACGCUGAUGGCCGAUCCCUUGGCACAGGCGACCUUGGGCGACCUGGUCCCGAUGCACACGCAGAACCUCGAGAACUUCUACGCACACCCUCGCUGCUUCCGCAGCAACACUGCCGACCGCAUCCUUCUAGCAGCGGACAAUGCAGUCUUCAACACCGUCCAGCUCGCCGGACCAGAGGAGAAGGACCUCGUCUAUCUCAAGUACCUCGGCGAUCUGCGCUUCUUUGGGGAACGCUACUCUUCGCCCGCCUUCUUGCCUCACUGGGCCACGUAUGCGGACGGCACAUACUACACCACUCCCCUUGCCCAGAUCGACAGGCAGGUCGGGCUUAGCAAGGUAGUUCCGAAGCGCUUCUACGGGCCCGUGAACCGCUACCGGGUCAACAAGUACGAAAUCGUCUUUCGAAGGAUCGCAUCUCUGGAUGCGAUGGAGAUCGUUCCGCCCUCUUACCAAAAGCAGGUGUUGGCGCACCAGGCCUUUGUGUUUCACGUCACAGCCUUUCCAGAGGCGAAAAGAGGACCCCAGAGAAACGUCCAAGCGCUCGAGAUCGGCUACCUCGUGUCGCCCUUCAGCCACAAGAAGUCGCAGAUACCGCCCGUCUAUCCAAACGUCGAGCACUUUGAUGUGUUCCCGCACGCGUCUAGCGAGUGA